AAAUAAAAAGACCCAGCAAAAAAAAUAAAAAGAAAACGUAAAGCUAAAGCAAACAAGCCUAUAGCUAAGCGUCGUUACACUUUCAAAACCUCUCAGUCUCUCAUCAAAAUCCGAGAAAAAACAAAAAGAAAAAGUCUAAAGAAACUCUAAUCUAAAGAUCCGAUCGUCGUCAUCUUCACUUCUCUGGAUCUUCGCCUUUUGUUUUGUCUCUUUUGCUUUAUGUUCUGUUUCUAUAUCUUGCCCUAAAUGAAAGACAGAGGAAAGAGAACAGCAAUGGAGAGAAGAAACGACGACGUCUCGCUUCACUACAGCUCACCGUCGGAGCUCUCUUGUGGGAAACAUCCAUCGGUUUCCACUGUCGGAAUAUGUCCGUACUGUCUGAACGACCGUUUAGUUAACCUCGUAUGCUCAGGAUGCGGCGAACAGAGACUCUCUUCUUGCUCUUGCUCAGAUAUCUCUUCUAACCGAACCUCAAACGCCGCCGUAGACGCCGAGAAAGUCCUCCGGAUCGCUUCUCUCAUCGACGAAGAGGCGACGAAACAGAGGAAGCCGAAGAGAACAGAGGAAGUUGUGGUGUUCAAGAGGAGUAGUAGCAGCUGCGUUGAGAUUAACAAGACGAAGCAUCAUCAUAGAUUCUCGAGACUCGGGAGGUUCUUCAGGAGGAUUAAUCCGAGAAAGGACAGAGCUUUCGAUGAGAAGAACAACAACGACAACGAUUCUUGGGUUUUGAAACAGAGUGUUUCGAGAUCGAGAUCGCUCUGUAGCUUCCGAGGAGGAAACGGGUACCUUAUCGGGUCGGAAGAAGACGUAUCGUCUUACUCCGGCGCGAGGAGCUCGUUCUCCGCCGCGAGAAGCUCCAGCGUCAACGGCGGUUUAGGGGUUUUCGAUGCGACGAUAACAGAGCAUCGGAGGAGUAACUUCGAAGGGAGGAAGAGUAACUUCAGCGAGACGACGGAGCACCGGAGGAGUAAUUUCAGUGAACCGGAGCCGCCUCGGAGGAGCUGUUUCGAGGCGAGGAAGAGUAACUUCAGUGAAACAGAGUAUCCCAGGAAGAGUAACUUCAGCGAAACAGAGUAUAAACAGAGUAUCAAUAAUCAUCCACGUAGGAGCAAUUACGAAGCGCCGCCAAGGAAGAGUGACUCGUCGGCGAUGAGUUUCACGAGAAGGGUUUUGUCGAUGAAAGAGAGUUACUUUACCGGAGGAGAAGAGCCUGGUUUUAUAGAUCUCAAGUUUGAUUCCUCUGGAGGAGGAGAUGUAGUGGUGAACGACGGCGUUUUGGAGCAUGGAGGAGGAGGGUCUUGCCGGUUAACAAAGAAGGAUAGAGAGGUGAGUAAGAGUCGAAGAAGUUUCAAAGGAUGGAAAUGGAUAUUCGGACAUCAUCAUCUUCAUCAUCAUCAAAGAGAUUCAUGAUGAAUUGAUGAUGCUGAUGGAGAUUGAAGGAUCUGAUGAGUCUAGGCAACAUCUGUCUCCAUCUGUCGCCUCCUAUCUUAUUUGAAGAAUGUUUGAGGUGGUUAAAACCCCCUACUACAGACACUAAUAGUCUCCAAUCAUUAAGCUGAUCUUUAAAGCUGUUGUUUAUAUGGUUUGGAAAGAGAGAAAAUGCUCGGUUGCACACCAACUUGUGCAGACCUACUCAAGCCAUUAUAUCAAGUAGAUUGUGCAAUUGCGGUUAGACCCACUAUCUCUGAACAUGAAGCUCGCUAGUAGUUCUUCAUCUACUCUUUUGGGUUCUUGGUUAAGUCUUUUUUUGAGGGCAUUAUUGUUAAGUCCCUGGGUAUAGCCACUCUGGUCGUUUUUUUUCUUUUCGUAAAGUUAGGUGGUAGAGCGUGUGAUCAAUCUUUUUUUUUGGUAUGAAAUGAAAUGAUAGAAAACAAAAUAAAAAAAAAUGUUUUUAAAAACA